UCGCGAUAGAAGUGGUUGUGUUUUGUAAAUAAUGUUACGUAUUUUUUAUCGUUUCGCCUCGAGCGCUUAAUUUUACACAACACACUAGAAUAGAAAGCGAACGUGUCGACUGCGCCAAUUUACGCGUAUGCAAAUCGCGGUCGUUGACCUUUGAAUUUGACGAAUUUUCCGCUUAGAAGUUUAAAGUAAAGUUCUUUGUUGAACACAACGAAUUUAUUAUGUUAAUAAAUUAUUUAUUUAAUUGAUAAGGCUGGUAACAAGUGCAUCGAUAGAGGCAGAAUGCAGUUCAAAAUUAACAGGAGGCUUUUGCCUAUAAAGGCGCAUUUCUUUUUCUUUUUUGCUGCUCUCGGGCCAAUUCUUCCGCAACUGAACGUGUUCGGUCGUCAGCUGGGCGUGUCCCCGGAAGCCAUGGGGCUGGUCACCGCGGUGCUACCGCUGCUCUGGGCCGCUGCUAAACCCACGUUUGGAUACGUCGUCGACUACUGGCCGACCCACAGAAAGCUCGUAUUCAUGCUGCUGAUAACGCUGAUGACGGGAUCCUACUGCGGGCUCUGGUUCAUACCGAUGCCAGAAAAUACCGACAGCAACGAAUCCACAAUAUUAGAAUACGUAUAUAAACUGAACGAUACCGUUCAAGUCAAACCAUAUCAUGAAAUCGAUAAAGAUGCACUUGAAAGGUACGAUUGUCAUUGGUCCUGUUCCAAAGACAAUAAGUUCGAAAUAUAUCUAGCUAAUACUAGUUACAUCAACACCGUUUACGUUAAAGACGAGAGAAAUGCUUCCUGCUCUUUCUUACACAUGGAUAUUGAUAUGAGUGAAGAGAGAUGCGUGCCGAAAGAGAAUUGCAAUUUGAUGUGUUUUGAAGACGAAUUUAUCGUUAAUAGCACUCUUAAUCUUAAUAGAACUAAAAGGGAAGUUGAUGGUAAAGUUAAUAACAACUUAGAUGUGAACAGUGAUAAACAGGUUGCGACGAAGGAACAUAAUAAAGUAAAGAAUAGUGAAUUCGAUAAAAAUAUCGACUCUAAUACUGCUAUAAGUGACGAUAUAACCAGUAAAAAUGCACCCGUGGACAAUGAAAGUACUUCCACAAACAUAAAUACUAUUAAAACUAACAAUAACAACUUAACAGAUACAUCCAACGAUAUUAAAACAUUUUCUCACAAUACCAACACUAAAACGAUUGAUGAAGUUACUUCUAAAGAUCUCAAUACACUAGAAUUGGUAGAAAUCACAUCAGAAGCUACAGUUUCUGCGAAUACUGAAGAAAUUGCUUUAAAUAACACAGCCACACCAAAAAUAGAAGAGGUCAAAUCUCAGGACAGUGAUAUUAAAACCGUAGACUUGUCAAAGGACCCUCUAGGUCCUAACGAUAUGAGGGCUAAGAUUUCGAAAGUAAUACAUAGGACCACAGAAGAGAAAAGCGAAGGAAACUUUUAUGUGACUACUGUGUUUUGGAGUUUUGUCGUUUUGAUGUGCAUCGGUACUGUGGCUUUUAAUGUGGCUAACUGUAUUGGUGAUGCUGUGUGCUUCGAUGUACUUGGUCCAGAAAACGGGUCCAAAUACGGGUCCCAGCGCGCGUGGGGCACCGCCGGGUACGGGAUAACGGCUCUGUUGGGGGGCUGGCUGGUGGACGCGGUGUCUAAGGGGGGAGGCAAGAACUUCACGCCGGCGUUCGUGCUGGCGCUAGCGGCCGCCGCCGCUGACCUGCUCAGCUGCCGGUAUCUCAAGUUGCCAUCUUUGUCGAGUCCUGAUGACUCUGGCAAGGCGCUGCGUGAGGUGCUGAAGAUCCCGCGGGUGAUCGUGUUCAUAAUCUUCGCUGUGAUCGCGGGGAUGUUUGACAGCUUCAUCAUAUACUAUAUGUUCUGGUUCCUGGAGGAGCUGGCUGAGCAGACAGGGUACACUGACAAGAUCAAGCUGAUCGAGGGCACCGUGGUCGCCGGCCAGAGCUUCAUUGGGGAGAUCGUCUUCUUCGCGCUCUCUGGUAAAAUAAUAAAGAGGUGGGGGUACGGCACGACGAUGACUCUGUCCUUGUUCUGCUACGGGGUGCGGAUGGCACUUAUCUCGCUCAUACAGCACCCGUGGCAUCUCGUCUUUAUAGAGUCAGUGAUGCAGGGCCCCACGUACGCCCUGUGCUACUCCAGCAUCGUGGGGUACGCGGCGCACGUGGCGCCCGACGGGUACUCCGCCACCGUGCAGGGCAUCGUCGCCGGCAUGGACGACGGCCUCGGCUUCGCGCUAGGGUCCCUGCUAGGCGGGCAGCUGUACGGCUGGGCAGGCGGGCGCGGCGCCUUCCGCGUGCUAGCUGCUGUGGCCGCCGCCGCCGCGCUUCUACACGCCGGCAUGUUUAUCGUAGUUACCAGGAAGAAACCUGAACCUCCACCGAUACAAACGCCGGAAGAGGGCGAGAAGAUGCUCCCGACAGAAAGUCACAGUAACGCCAUCUACCGAGACACCGUCAUACCACUCACCGAGAAGAAGGCUAAUAGGUAACCUAGAUGGAGCCACUGGAAUUUGUACAUACAUAAAAUUAUUUCAUAAAAUAGUAACGCCAUCUAUUGCAAUUCUGUUGUACUAUUUACUGACUAGGAAUAGAACCUAGAUGGCGCCACAUAUUUUUUCCUUAUAAAGUAGCGCCCUCUAUCGAGACAUUUAUACCGUUCACCGAGAACAUAACUUACACUUAAACUAGAUGGAGCCACUAACAGAUGAAAGUUAUUUUUGAACUUAUUAAAAGAAAUGUGAUUAUAAUUAAAAGUCUGUUUAUAUAAAACAUGUGCCAUAAAAGCAUAAAUCUAGGUAAUAAACUUAAAGCCCCGAUUCAUGCAGACACCUCCUAAUUUUAUUUUAAGUUAUACCCGUCAUUUUGCAAAAUUUUUAGACAACUGUUUCAGACAACUUUCCUUUUCGACGGAUGAGAAAAUGACAGGGAUAACAAAAUAAAAUUAGAUGGUGUUUACAGGAAUUAGCAUGGAUCUUUUUUUUAGUUUUGGUAGCGAUCGUAGUAUGUCAUUACUCUAUUUCGCCAUGGAGCAACUAGAUGUCGCUGAUCGUAUAAGCUUACAUAUAGUAAUAAGUGCCAUCUAGUGACAGUGUGUCGUACCAUUAUGAACAAAUGCUCGCCACCGGCGCUUCAUUUGCGCGCAUUAUAGCGCCUACUUGCCUUGUAUGGCGAAAGACCUUUUGUUUUACAUAAUAUAUUAGUUAAUUCAUGAUAUAACUAAGGCUAAGCUUUAAGAAGCUUUAUAAAAACCAUGGUAUAAGAAAACCAGGUAUGUUCAAAAGUGACAGCUAACAUUUCAAGGUUACCCCAGCUGACGUCAUCCCACACGGCGUUGCCAUUUCGUAAAACAAUAUUACCCACGACCAAUUUAUAUUUACAUUGCAAGGAAACUUAAAACUUUUAGUAAAAGAUUUACUUACAGUUUUAAUGAUUUUAAUUUAUGUGACAAGUAAUAGUAAUUAAAUACAUUAGUCAGUAAUUCACUUAAUUUUCAAUGGUAAAAUUUACGUCCUUGGAAUGUUGGAGAUACCAAUUGAAUGGUAACACUUACGUCAUCAAUGGGCUAGCAAUGGCGGCUUGUCAUAGGAUUGAGCAUACCUGGUCUUCUUAUACCAUGAUAAAAACAAAACUUAAUAGGACUGAGAGUGUUGCCAAUUUCGAUGUUAUUAUUUUCAAUAUUAUUAAUAUUGUUAAAUUUAUUUUGUUAUUGUUAAGUACAUUAAUAUAUUUUUUAGUUAGAAAAUUUUAAAGUGUAUUUUUAAAUAUUUUUGAGUCAUCAUCAUCAUCAAUUUAAGAGCCACGCUCUUGUCGGUGCAGCAUUUUCCAUUCCAGUCUAUCAAAGGCCAAUUCCUUGACUUCCCUAUAAGACACGACGUUAACCAUUUCUUUAAUCUGUUCCAUGUAAGCUCUUCUUGGUCUUCCCCUUCCUCUCUUUCCUUCUAGCUUUGUUUUGAGUCAUAUCAUGAUUUAAUGAAAAGGGUUGACUAUGGUUGCUUGGAGAUAUAUACACGUUGGAAGUUGUACAAUGUGCAUCGCGAUGUGAAAACUUCGUUAGCGCGUUUCAGGAUCGAUAAACGCCAUCUCUGUUAUAUGGGCGGAAUUAUUUGGGUCCGCCACACUGUAACUAAUUCUUUAUUUAUACCCAAGUUGUAAUUUUUUCUACCACUAAUUAAGUGUGUUCAAAAUUGUUAUUUAUUUUACUACAAAAGGCUAAUAGGAUGCCACACCGAGCCGUGAUAGCCCAGUCGGAAGAACGCUUGACUCUCACUGUGAGUUCGUACGUUCGAAUCCCAAGACGGGCCUAAACCAACAAUGUUCGAAUUGCAUUAAUUAUUAUUACAUGUGAUAUUUAAAUUUCUACAUACUUUUAUAGUCCAAUUUCUUGAUUGGUUCAGCUUAUGAAAUUAAAUGAAGCUGUAAUAUAAAAAAGGGUGUUAGUGACACCGUAACGAAUACUGAGGGGAUGAUUCAGACCAUGAUUCUGAGUUGAUAUCAAGUUAUUUCAUGUUUUUUUGAUAGUAAAUUUAUUUGGUAUCAAGUGGAAUUUUCCGACGCAAAAUUCAUGUUCUUUUUGUGUUUUUUUUUAUUAUUUCGAAAAUACCACUUGAUAUUAACUCAGAAUAAUGAGCUGAAUCAUCGCCUUCAGUAUUUGUUACGAUGUCACUUACACCCUUUAUAAGUACAUACAAGUAGCCAUUCAACUACAUAGGGUGUUAGUGUCAGCGUAACAAAUACUGAGGGGGAUGAAUCAAACUCUGAUUCCGAGUUAAUAUCAAGUGGAUUUUCCUAUCGGUAAAUUCAUAAAAAAUUUCGUGUUUUUAAAUUAUUUUCAGUUCUAUACUUUUACUACGGAAACUCAGAAUCAUGGACUGAAUCAUCCCUGCAAGUUUUCGUUACAGUGCCCUAAGCCCCUGUAUAAGAGCUAAUGAUAUCUAUGAAUAAAGACUACUAUAGACAUACUAUGGUAAAUGAGUCGUCUUGUAACGAAAAGGCGUCUGCCUUAUUUUUCAUAAUAUAAUUAUUAAUAAUAAAAAUAAUAAACAGCCUAUAUGCGUCCCACUGCUGGGCACAGGUCUCCCCUCAAUCAACCGGGGUGUUAAGCAUAAUAGGGUAGUUUUCAACUAGUCAAAUCAGUUACUUUUUACUGAACGUCUAAACACGAAAUUACUAUGGGUGUGUAUGAAAAAAAAAACAUUUUGCCGUCAUAGAAAAACGUGACAAAAUGUCGCACUUACGUUAAUUUUAUUGAAAUUCACAAGUAAGUUAAAGAGAAAAAAGAAAAGUUUUUUGUCAUCUUUAGAUCUGAUUACUAAUAAAGUAAUCAGAAUUUCAUAACUAAUCUUUGACGUAGGAAACUACCCGAUUAUUAUUUUAAGUGGGGCAGAGUGAUAAUUAUAAUCAUAAACUGCCUAUAUACGUCCCACUGCUGGGCACAAGCCUCCCCUCAAUCAACCGGAGGGGGGUAUGGAGCAUACUCCACCACGCUGCUCCACUGCGGGUUGGUGGAGGUGUUUUUACGGCCAAUAGCCGGGACCAACGGCUUAACGUGCCCUCCGAAGCACGGAAUCAUCUUACUUUUUCGGACAAUCAGGUGAUUCAAGCCUGAAAAAUCCUUACCAAACAAAGGACAGUCUCACAAAGUGAUUUCGACCAUUUCUUCAUCGGGAAUCGAACCAGGACCUCCAGAUCGUGAGCCUAACGCUCUAACCACAAGACCACGGAGGCUGUUGGUGGGUGAUAAUUAAUAUUACGUAAUUAAAAAUGCAAUAAUAGUCUUAAAUGUCUUAAUAGACAAGAACGUAAGAUUUUGUAUAUUUUAUACUUAUUAUUGGAAGAAUAAAACGAUUGUAUUA